AUGGAUUAUCAUGAUGAGGAUGACGUUACCGAUUAUGAGGAUGAUGAGGGGUAUGGUACCGGUUAUUAUGAUGAUGAUAAUCAUGAUUAUGACUAUGAUAAUGAUGAUGAGGAGGAGGAGGAGGAGGAGGAGGAGGAGGACAAUGAAUAUGAUAAUGAUAAUCAAAUAGCUGAUCCAAAUUAUCAACCUGAUUCUGAUGACUACGGCGAGGAUUCUCGUGAUGACGAUGAUGAUCAAGAUCGUUUUUCUUCGACUUCUGUCUCUACUAUCGUGUUGGGGGACUCAUCAGAGGGUAACCAAUCAAGUUCAUCUUCUUCAUCCGUCUAUUUUAUUCCAGGAAUUCUUCGAUAUCAUCGAUCAAAUUCUAGUACAACGGGUAGCGUUUUAUCACAACCCUCUACUUUUAAUUCGACACUUUCAUCAAUUUCUGAUGUAUCCAUAUUAUCGUCGGUAAGUGAUGACACAUCUGAUAGUCAAUCAUCAUCAGAAUUCGAUGAAUAA